UCUGUUCCUAUGUGUUCAGAUUCCCCCUUCCAUACUGCCACUAAUUCUCCGAGAAGCUUCAUGGCAGUCCUUUGAAUUGCCGACGUUGUGGCUCCCCUCACAUCCGAAGCUACCCAUUUCUCCAACUUAUGACCCGCUGCCGUGAACAUCCACAUACAGCCAUUAAACUUGAAUAACAAUCCCUCGUUCAGAAUCUCAUCUGAAUCGAAUCAUUUCUUCACUUUUGAUCUUUAGUCCUUUGCCUCUGGCGUUUGGUCAAUUCAUCCUCAUCUGUCUGAUCCCUCAAGCUGCAAGCCACAAACCUCACAAUGCCAAAGAUCGCCCGCCUGACCCUCUUCAAGAUCCCUGACCCUGCAAACGUACAGGAAGCUAUCAAGAAGUAUUCGACAUUGACUCAAGAUGCAUUGAAGGAUGGGAAACAAUACAUACAACAAGCUCAGGCCUCGCCCACACACGAUGACCCGCGCCGCCAGGGCAUUACGUUGGUGGCCCGCACGGUCUUCGAGUCGAAAGCGGACAUGGACUUCUACGACAACGAGUGCACGGCACACGUAGAGAUCAAGAAGCUCUUGAAGCAGAUUAUUGAGGCCCCGCCAAUUAUGCUUUACAUGGACUUGCAAUGAGCGUACGGUGCAAAAUGUAAUCAAUGAUUCUGGACCAACCGAUUCUAUAAAACCAUGCGGGUACAUAGUUUGAAAGAAAUGCCAAUUGGAAUCAUGAGAA